UCGCAAUCUGGAUUUAACGUUUCUUGAGAAACACUGUGAAUAAACAGGAUUGCAAAUUAGGGGAAAUCAUUCUUCUUCGUUUAUAAGGUUAGGCAUACAUGUAGCUGUUAACAUGUGGCGAUAUAACAGAAUCACAAAUAUGGAGCAUCUGUGUUUAAAUCCUGGAAGCCUGCUCGAGGGAACAUCAUCAGUCCAGCCUCGCUAAUACAGCGUAACUUGCCUAUUUCAAGACUCUGUGGAAUUAAUCCUGGUUCCCCUAAAUACAUUUUGGAAUAGUGGUCAAUUUGCUCUACCUUCUUCGUCCAUAUGGUUAUCAUCUUAAGGAUUUGACGUUUCUUCAAUGGGCUUCCCAUCACAUACCAGAAAACUCAAUUGAGGAAUUUAUUGUGUUCGUUGCCUGAGGAACUCUCAAAAUCAUUGUCGCCAUGCCUCCCCUUUGCCGGCCCCAAUGUCUACUAUUGCUGUUCAGCACCGUCCUGAGUCUCGGUUUGGGCCUAGAAUUCACCGGCUCUGAGGGCCAGUGGGCACGCUAUCUUCGCUGGGAUGCCAGCACCAGAAGUGACCUCAACUUUCAGUUUAAAACGGCUAUAUCAGACGCUCUAGUUCUCUACUUCGACGACGGAGGAUACUGCGACUUCUUGCUCCUGACCGUCAAAGAAGGCAAACUUAAGUUGCAUUUCAGCGUGGACUGUGCAGAAACAACAAUAACCUCCGACAAGUUGGUCAACGAUAGCCGCUGGCACUUCGCCACAAUCAGUAGACACAACUUGCGAACAGUGCUGGCGGUCGACGGAGAGUCCAAAGCGGAUGAGGUGAGACCACAGAGGCAGUUUAUGAAGAUCGUCAGUGACCUGUAUGUAGGAGGUGUGCCUCAGGACAUUAGGACAUCUGCCCUAACUCUACCAGCAGUUAAGGAGAUGACACCAUUCAAGGGGAUUAUUACGGAUCUCGGUUACGGAAAUCAGGUUCCAACGCGUUUGGGAAGCCAAAAAGUCCGGUUAGAGAUGGAAGGCUUGUGUACAGAGAACCCCUGCGAAAAUGGAGGCAUCUGCACCAUGGCUGAUGGCGAGGCUUACUGUGACUGCUCCAGAACGGGAUAUGUAGGCCGGUACUGCAAUGAAGCUGUCAACAAAACCCCUGGGUUCGCGCAUAUGGUGAAGUCUCCGCAAGCACGUGAGGAGAACGUGGCAACGUUCAGGGGUUCCGAGUACUUCUGCUAUGACUUGUCUCAAAAUCCCAUCCAGAGCAGCAGCGAUGAGAUCACCCUGACCUUCAAAACCUGGCAACGCAACGGACUCAUCCUGCACACGGGCAAGUCGGCUGACUACGUCAACUUGGCGCUAAAGGACGGUGCUGUCUCGUUGGUCAUCAACCUAGGCUCAGGAGCCUUCGAGGCUAUAGUUGAGCCUGUCAAUGGAAAGUUCAAUGACAACGGCUGGCAUGAUAUCAAAGUGACACGCAACCUGAGACAGCACUCAGGCAUUGGACACGCUAUGGUGACUAUAUCAGUAGAUGGUAUACUGACCACCACAGGAUACACACAAGAAGAUUACACCAUGCUGGGCUCGGAUGAUUUCUUUUACGUGGGGGGAAGCCCGAGCACAGCUGACCUGCCUGGAUCUCCGGUCAGCAAUAAUUUCAUGGGAUGUCUGAAAGAGGUGGUGUACAAAAAUAAUGACAUACGACUGGAACUCUCUCGCCUGGCCCGCAUCGCAGACCCCAAGAUGAAGCUUCAGGGGGACGUGGUGUUUAAAUGUGAGAACGUCCCCACCCUAGACCCCAUCUCCUUUGAGACCGCAGAGUCCUUCCUCAGCCUGCCCAAGUGGAACACCAAGCGCGUGGGCUCCAUCUCCUUCGAUUUCCGUUCCUCAGAACCCAACGGUCUCAUCCUCUAUACGCAAGGCAAGCCCCAGGACAAGAAAGACUCUCGCAAUCAGAGGAGCAACAAAGUGGACUUCUUCGCUGUGGAGCUUCUGGAUGGAAACCUUUUUCUUCUAUUAGACAUGGGAUCGGGAACCAUUAAGGUCAAAGCCACACAGAGUAAGGUAAACGAUGGAGUGUGGCAUCACGUAGACAUCCAGAGAGAUGGAAGAUCAGGUAUUAUUUCCGUGAACAGCCGUAGGACACCAUUUACUGCCACUGGAGAGAAUGAGAUUCUGGACCUGGAGGGUGACCUGUAUCUCGGAGGUCUCCCGGACUACCUGCUCGGCCUGGUGCUUCCCACCGAGCUUUGGACCGCUGUGCUGAACUAUGGCUACGUGGGCUGCAUCCGCGAUCUCUUCAUUGAUGGACGCAGUAAGGACAUCAAGCAGAUCGCAGAAUCCCAGAACAGGGCUGGCAUUAAGGCUUCCUGCAGCAAAGUAACAGGAAAACAGUGUGACAGCAACCCCUGCAAAAACAACGGCAUAUGCAAGGAAGGUUGGAAUCGCUUCAUCUGUGACUGCACCGGAACCGGUUACUGGGAUCGGACCUGUGAGAGAGAGGCGUCUAUCCUGAGCUAUGAUGGCAGUAUGUAUAUGAAGGUGGUGAUGCCCACGGUCACACAUACAGAAGCAGAGGACGUGUCUCUGCGUUUUAUGUCCCAGCGUGCCUUUGGUCUGUUGAUGGCAGCCACGUCACGUGAGUCCGCAGACACACUGCGUCUGGAGCUGGACAGCGGCCGUGUCAAACUGACCGUCAACUUAGAUUGUGGCAGGAUAAACUGUAACGCCAGUAAAGGCCCAGAGACACUGUACGCAGGCCUGAAGCUGAAUGACAACGAGUGGCACUCGGUUCGGGUGACGCGGCGUGGUAAAAACCUCAAACUCAUGGUGGACGAUGAUGUGGCAGAAGGUCAGAUGAAUGGUGACCACACUCGUCUGGAGUUCAGUAACGUUGAGACCGGUAUCCUGACCGAGCGGCGCUUUGCCUCUGCGGCUCCUUCCAACUUCAUCGGUCACUUGCAGGGCCUAAAAUUCAACGGCCUCCUCUACAUCGACAUGUGCAAGAACGGCGACAUCGAGUUCUGCGAGCUCAACGCUCGCUUUGGCACGCGCUCCAUCGUGGCCGACCCGGUCACCUUUAAGACGAAAGGAAGCUACCUGGGACUCGCUACGCUUCAGGCUUACAGUACCAUGCACCUCUUCUUUCAGUUUAAAACCACCUCGGGAGAUGGUUUUAUACUAUUUAACAGUGGAGACGGGAAUGAUUUCAUUGCCGUGGAGCUUGUCAAAGGGUAUAUCCACUAUGUGUUUGACCUGGGAAACGGACCAAGCCUUCUGAAGGGAAACAGCGACAAUCCACUAAAUGACAACCAGUGGCACAAUGUGGUGAUCACACGAGACGCCAGCAACACACACACGCUCAAGGUGGACGCUAAGUCUGUCAGCCAGGUGGUCAAUGGAGCAAAAAAUCUAGACCUGAAAGGCGAUCUAUUUGUGGCCGGUCUGGGGCCCAACAUGUACCAAAAUCUGCCAAAGUUGGUGGUAUCUCGUGAGGGUUUCCAGGGCUGCUUGGCUUCCAUGGAUCUAAACGGUCGUUUGCCUGAUCUCAUAAACGACGCUCUGUUCCGCAGCGGACAAAUUGAUCGCGGCUGUGAAGUUGGCUUCACUAAAGCUGACCUGCAAGGUCCCAGCACCACAUGCCAAGAGGACUCGUGUGCCAACAUGGGUGUAUGCAUCCAGCAGUGGGAGAACUUCACCUGUGACUGCUCCAUGACCUCCUACUCCGGCACUCAGUGCAAUGACCCUGGAGCGACGUACAUCUUUGGAAAAGGCGGAGGACUUAUCACAUACACAUGGCCCAAUAACGAGAGACCCAGCACUCGAACCGAUAGACUGGCGGUGGGCUUCAGCACUACCAUCAAGGACGGGAUUCUGGUCCGCAUCGACAGCGCCCCCAGACUAGGAGACUACAUUAUGCUUCACAUCGAGGAAGGAAAGGUGGGGGUAACCUUCAACAUCGGCACUGUGGACAUCGGCGUCAAAGAGAUGUCUACAGACAUCAACGAUGGGAAAUAUCAUGUGGUGCGCUUCACAAGGAAUGGAGGGAACGCCACCUUACAGGUGGAUAACUGGCCAAUCAACGAGCACUUUCCAUCAGGCAACAGCGACAUUGAGCGUUAUCAAAUGGCUAAUAAGAAAAUCCCAUUCAAAUAUACCCGGCCGGUCGAAGAUUGGCUACAUGAGAAAGGUCGUCAGCUGACCAUUUUUAACACCCAAGCCACCAUCUCGAUAGGCGGCAAUGACCGCAAGCGUCCAUAUCAAGGCCAGCUUUCGGGGCUCUAUUACAAUGGUCUGAAGGUUCUCAACAUGGCAGCUGAAGGUCAUGCCAACAUCAAGAUUAAUGGCAGCGUGAGGUUGGUGGGGGAUGUGCCCACUAGCAGGAGCCCCUCACGCACCACCACCUCCAUGCCACCGGAGAUGUCCACCACUUUCAUCGAGACCACCACCACCCUGUCGACCACCACUACCAGAAAACAGCGCUCACCACCCACUAUUCAGACGACGGACGACAUCGUGUCCUCGGCAGAAUGUUCCAGUGAUGACGAGGACCUGGAGGAGUGUGACGGGGGACACACAGGAGGGGAGUUAGUCAUCCCCAUUCUAGUCGAGGAUCCCAUAGACAUCCCUCCCGUUUUCACUCGAGUCCCUUUCAUCCCUCUUCCCCCAACCCUUCACCCCGUCCUCACCAUUAUUGAAACCACCAAAGAGUCCCUGUCAAUUGCCACCGAAGCGGGGGUACCUUGCUUGUCGGACCGAGGCAGCGAUGAUUGUGAUGAUGAUGGUGAUGAUGAUGAUGGUGAUGGCUUGGUGAUAUCGGGGUUUGGCUCAGGGGAGGCCUUCGACUCGAGCCUCCCCCCCACUGACGAUGAAGAUUUUUACACCACCUUCUCCCUGGUAACAGAUAAGAUCUUGACCACGUCGACCUACGAAGGCGGCUACAAAGCUCUCGCGCCCAAGUGGGAAGUUAAGGAAUUUAAGCCUAGCAAGGCAUCUGAGGCGGGCAGGCCCACGGUUGUCCCACCUCUGCCUGACCUCAGAAGCUCGGCAUCAUCGCCCGUCGUACCCGAGGCCGCGCCCAAAAUCCCAGCCGGGAAAAUGAACAACCGCGAGAUCAAACCCCAACCGGACAUAGUGUUGCUACCGCUGCCCACAGCUUACGACGCAGACGGCACCAAACCCAGAGGGCCGUACAUCACCCAGCCCAUGUUACGCACUAUCCCCAGCGCCCUGCCCACAGUUCCAGGUAUCAGGAGAGUGCCCCCCGGGGCCUCGGAGGUGAUACGCGAGUCCAGCAGCACAACGGGCAUGGUGGUGGGUAUUGUCUCCGCUGCCGCCCUGUGCAUCCUCAUUCUCCUCUAUGCCAUGUACAAAUACAGGAACAGGGACGAGGGCUCGUAUCAGGUAGACGAACAGAGGAACUACAUCAGCAAUUCAGCUCAGAACAACGGCACUGUAGUGAAAGACAAACAACCCAGCUCUAAGGGUGCCGGCAACAAGAGACCCAAAGAUAAAGACAAGGAAUACUAUGUAUAAAACACAAUCCCACAUACAAACAUUUGAGAAAUCUUGGACUGGGAGAAGUGAUUUCACAGUGAAAAUGCUUUAAGAACUCAAUGGCGCUGAGUCAAAAUGGACCCAUUUCCAAGUUCUGUGAUUAGAAGCACACUUAAAACGGUAAGCGUAGGGAGAAGGCGAGAAGGACUCUGGGGACCUUGAUACCUUACUUUCUGUCUGGUUGUGGGACAGUACCAGUGUAAAAUAUCUCAUUGUUACAUUGUUACCCCUCAAGUGACUUUCAGAGGUUCGAAAAUCCUUGGUGUAAAAAAAGAGGAAAGAAAAAAAACAAAGCAACCCUUGUCCAUCGUAAUCCUGUACAAAACGACAACGAUCAUGGAUCAUGAUUUUGGGCAUGCAUGUGACGUGUGUGAUGUAGUACUGAUAUCUUUGCAAAGAUGAGAUUGGGAGUACUAUUUUAUCUCACGCUGGAAGGGAAACGAUCCAUUAGACAAAUGGUGUUUUUUAAUUGUGUUGGAAUAUGUGUUACAGGGGGUUUCCGUGGAAAAUGACAGAUUAACUUUUUCUAGCUUUUGUUAACAUUUUUUUUCUCCGCUAGCAUUCUCCUUUUUCCUUUGAUUUCUUUGUCAUUUUCUCUUCCGGUGUCUGUCAAAAACAAACUCGCACUCACGUUCUGAAUGAGCUCUGUCAUGUGUUGCCAGAUUCACCUUACGAAUGGAAAAUGAGACAUUCUGUAGUACAUCAUAAAUUUCUGUCAUAAAUACUUAAGUCAUUUGCCUAACACAUUUCACACCAUAUGGAGCAACUGUGAGCGAAGCAAUGCACGACAGAGGGCUGGAAUUGAUUUGCAGAAGCUGAAUCCAAUGUGAACAAGUGUAUAUUUCAUGUCACAGUCAACUGUGUCAAACAAUAAAUAUGUUUACAUAUUUUGUUACAUCAUAACUGUUGUACUUUGUAGCUCAUUAUUUUACAUGAGUUGAUUUUGAGAUUUUCGUACUCUUUCUGUACUAAUUGAACAUUAUGUUUAGUUUUCUUGUAGUUCGGGCGGUGGGGUGCAAAAGUCUACGACCACUAAUAAUAUGACAAAGUCUAAUAUAAGAUUUGGAAUUAUGCUGAGGUAACAUGGGUAAUGCAGCCUAUGACUACAUGGAUGCCAAAACAACAUUUGCAUUUACAGUACAUGCACUGUUGUCAGCUUACUUGCAACCCCAAUAAACAUGUGGUUUAGUCAGUAACAAGGUUUUUUCUUCUGAACUUCCCAACUGGGUUUCCUUUAACAGUGUGGUUUCAUUAACUUACUCCCGUGUCUACAUACUAGUGUUGUCACGAUACCAUAAACUUAUCUUAAAGUACUUUACCAGCUGAAGUGUCAUGAUACCAUUUAUUAUCCUGAUAUAGUGCCCUGUUCUGAUGAUUCAUAAUUCAAAUCUGCAAAUGAACCAAAAUGACCUAAAUACACAGAUCCAGAUGAAUCAGUCCCAGUUUGAACACUUUAGUAUGAUUACAAGCCAAAACAUACAAAUGGCAUGAAGCAAUCCACAUGAAAAAAUACUGCAGUAUACUUUUAUACUUACUAUGGUAAACUGUAGUAAACUAGUAGUAAGUAUACUACAACAGUUUUCAUGCGGGAACUAAUAGAAUGUGCAACAUUUCAAAGAUACAGCAAGGUGAUCAGAAAUAUUACAUAAAAUAACAGUUUUUUUUUUAAAAGUUUUUUAUGUUUUUGUUCAGUUUUACCGUUUAUGAAUCUUUUUCCCCCCCCGGUCUUUUUCUGUAAUUUGACAGAUUUUCCUACCAUGUUUCAAAAAUACACAAAAUAAAAUUUUGAAAACUGUAAAAUUAAGUUUUUGUGAACAGUGAAUGUUUCAACGUGAAAUUACAGAUCUUUGGACAUUACAUGUGGAAAAAUCUUUCCCAAAAAACAGCCAGUAGGUGGUUGCAACUUUUCACUAAGUUAACGAAUUAUUCAACAGAUUCAUUCAAAACAGCUGAUUUAUUCAAGAACGUUGCAAGAGACUUAUUUUAAUAACUCACCCAAUCAAUGACUCGUCAGAAUGGUUCAAAACACGGAAUUAUUUAUAAACGAAACACAGCUGUGUGUGGUUUAGGAAAGAAAAAAUAUGUUUCAAAAUCAGCCUUUUUUGUUUACAUGAUUAGAAAACUCGCCAACUUAUAAUUUUUGAAAUGCUACUUUCUGCAAAAACUCGGAAUAAACCAUUUUCUUUAAUGCAUGUUAAUGUAAUCCAUUCCAGCUGGAGUGCAUGCUUUCAAUGAUGUAAAAGCAGACGUACCAAAUAUUAACACAUUUGAACUUUUUUUAACUCAGAUGUUAUGCAUCAGGUAAACAAAAUUUGUAAUAAAUUCGAAAAUGAUUUCCAUUAGUGUUCUCAGAUGUUUGAACCCCACUGCAAAUGGAGAAAGUGUUCCGAAACAGUAUUGUUGGGUCAAUCCAUCUCGAGGGUUUUGUAUAAGUCACAUGUAUGAGUAAGACUGGAAGACCUCAACUGAUAGAUAUUGCCCUCCACACUUGAAUCCAGGCUUCAUGUCAUUGGUUAUUUUAUUCCCGGUUCUUGUUUUCUAUUUAAACAAGGUUACAAGAGCUCACAUAAUAAAGGUGGAUGAUGGAUUCACACUGCUGCCAUGGAGCUGAGGAUGAUUUGUUUUUUGUUUUUGUUUCGUUUACUGUAUUUAUGAUUUUUCAAUAUGUUCCGCUGUUAUUGUGCAGUCUUUUAGUUUGUUGAUUUAUGACCGUUUGUGCUGGCAGUAGUUGGAAUAUGUCAUCUUUUCUACUCAUGUUUAUUUCUUGUUUUGUUAACGCGGCACUCUGAUUUGUGCGCCGUCAUUUUGUGUUCUUCAUUUCUCGAUUCGUCAAUUAUUGUUUUCACUCUUGACUUUCAGCUAUGUCCAGCAAUAAAAUGUUCCCAAUUGUUUUCAA